AUGCUCGCCAAGAACCUUCACCGCGUCCUCCUCGCCGCAGCCGUUAUCCUCACCACGGCGUGGGCCCCCUCUGCGUCUGCUCAGACCUUCAACAUCGGUUUUUGUAGCAGCCAGCCCAACGAUUACUCUUGCAAGGCUGCAUGCAACGCUACGGUGGUCGUCGGUAAUAAAGGAGCUGCUGCCAACACUAAAUUGCCAUGCCUCAACUUCUUGAUUCAGCGGCCCAUCACCAAAAUCUGUGAGGACCCAGGCUGCGUUGGGAAAUGCGCCGACAUCACCGCAGCCCCUGGGCAGUGCGUCCACUUCAAGUAUCCCCUGAAUCAUGACAUCAAGUGUGUUUUCACGGCAGCGUAA